ACUGUUUGAGAUGACACCACCAGAGCAGCUAUCAGCUCGGUGAUAGCGUCAGAGAGCAGGUUUGCUGGCGGGACGGAGGUCGAGGGCACGACAUUCACCGGGCAGAAGUGGCACCGAGAGACUUCUCCACCGGGCCAACCGCUAACCCUACCCGGCUCACAGCUGACCAGUCACACUAAGGUUACCUCAGAUGGGGCCAAUUUAAUUCGGCGCUGUCAGUGGAGCACAACUAGCCAUCGUCCAUUGGACAGAUCAACUCUGGGAUGCCUAAAGGUGGGAAAAGCUUCAAAAGCACACCGCGGAAAUCUACCGUUUCGAAGCAGCCACAGGAAAGCAUGGCGGCCGUAGCCGUUUCCGUUGCUGCCAACCUCCUUCCCACAGUCGUUCAAUACGGAAAAGAAUGGUACGAUUCUAAAAAAGAGAAAGAUGAAAAAGCGAAUGAAGACAAGGAAAAGGAAAAACAGGAGAAAUGUGAAGAAGAAAUGAAGCAAAAACAGAAGCAACGGGAGGAGGAGUGGCAACAGGAACUUGAAAGAGAGAGAAAAGCGCGACAAGACUCCGAAAGGAAAAUUCAAGAAACACUAGACACGGUCAUGGGAAUGGCGACAGCCAACGAACAAAAAUUCCAAGAGUCGAUGAAUCGGAUGCAAGAAGAAUUUGAGAGAGAACGUCGAGCCCUCAGAGAAGAGAUCCAAAUGAUCCAGACAAAACUGCAGGAGCAAGUAAAGGAAGACACUAAUAGAGCAAUCGCCAGGGCCGUUGCAGAGAGUACAACGUGGGCGGUCGGUGGGAUUCAGACAGGGGCGGUCAGCAGUCAGACAGGGUCGGUCAGCAGUUACAUAGGGUCGGCCAGCGGUCAAACAGGGUCGGUCAGCAAUCAAACAGGGGCGGUCAGCGGUCAGGCAGGGGCGGUCAGCGGUCAGACGGCGGUGGUCAGCAGUUGCAUAGGGUCGGCCAGCGGUCAGAUAGGGUCGGUCAGCAGUCAUACAGGGUCGGUCAGCAGUUACAGAGGGUCGGUCAGCGGUCAGACAGGGUCGGUCAGCGGUCAGAUAGGGUCGGUCAGCAGUUACAGAGGGUCGGUCAGCGGCCAGAUAGGGUCGGUCAGCAAUCAGACAGGGUCGGUCGGCAGUUACAGAGGGUUGGUCAGCGGCCAGACGGCUGCGGUCAGCGGUCAGACAGGCUCUCUCGGCGGGGGUCAGGCCCCACCCUCCACCGAAGCAGCGCCGACCGCUGGAGAACGGGUGGCGACUCGUGAGCCGGCCCCUGCGGAGUCCGUUCGGCAGACCGCCGCCCCCCUGCCGGCGCUCUGUCAACAGUACUGGACCAGAAACGGCUGCAGGAAGGAGGCGUGCGGCCAGGUGCACCUCUGCAAACUGUUCCUGGCCGGAAUCUGCAAAUUUGGACACAGAUGCCGCAACGAGCACUCGCUCCAGUCCGAGCAUAACAAGGCUGUGUGCAUCGAAGAGACGUCCCGGAGCGAGGGGCAGCUUAUCGCGGAGCUGCGACGCCGUUUUGCGGAGGAGGGCUUCGCUGACCAGAAGUUCUAUCACUCCCAUAUCGAGAUAUGCCACAAUCAGGCCGGAUCCUGUCGAAUGAACGGCUGUAUCCGGAUGCACAUCUGCCAGGACUAUGUUGUAGGAGCCUGCUGGAACCGAGAGAGCUGUCGAUUUAGUCACGUCCUGAGAUCUCUGCACAACAGCAGCGUCCUGAGACUCUACAAGGCAGUGGACAUGAGCGACCUGGCACUCCUGAAUCUGCUGUGUGCCAAGGUCACGCAGAGGGGCGCCAACGGCCCCCAGAAAUGAGGACCUGACGCAACGAAAGUCGGACGUGCCAAGGUGGACAUGUCCCUAAAAAGGCACCUGUGCCGCCAAACGAUGGAACCCUCCGAUUUCAAAGAAUGCGGAGCACUCAUGAAAACUGGCCAUCCUUUUAUCGGCGAGGCGCCUCGUACUCGUAAGCAUCCAUUCGAAUUUCGAAGUCGAACCCCAAUUAAUCCGUAUCAAUCGAAGGGUCUCUGAACCGGCCGCCAGAUUGUCUGCCCAGCGCUGGGAUCCGUCGUUAGUGUUGACCUUUGACCUGUAGUUGUACAGCGACUGGAGCAUGUGAGUCGUGAGGUCAGCCCCGCGACCCGAGCAGUCGGCUGAACUGGUAGAUAUAAACUGAUCGGUAGUGUGCGAUAUAGGUAGUUGGCUUUAGAUCAGAGAUCUCUUGCGCCGGAGAGACGAGGUGUGACAAUGUAUUAUUUGUGUCGCACGUACCCUUGCUGCUUUCAGCUUUCGACCUUGUGCAAGGAGGCUUUAUCAAGUGUCACGUGUACGGAGCUGACGUAAAUACAUGAAUCACUGUUAGA